GUGGCUUUCGAAGCAAAAGCAAACGAAAUCAAAAUGGAAUUGAAUUUGCUAGCAUCAGAUUGACCCAUUUGCGGCGAAUCGUCUCGUCGGGCCGCAACCGGGCGAGGCUUUUUCGGCACCACGGUGAUGACGACGACGAAGAAACCAAAGGGCCCAUAAAUUUUAUUUUUCAGUUUUUCCUCGCGAUUUCUGAUCCACAUAUGAAUAUCCCUCAGUUUCGUGUACGAUUCAACUUUCCCAUGUCUCAACCGAUUCCUAUUUCUUCUCUGUUUCCGAUUGCUGCCCUCCUAAUCGAAUAGAAUAGCCUCGGCACCAAUCGGCUUGACUUUCCUCUCUCCUUGUUCUGGCCAUGCGACUCUGGUUUUCCAAGAUCUGCCUCUCGAAAGAGGGUUCUUUUGGUGAUUCUUGCGCUCAAAUCAUUAUUUAUUUUUCUGGCUAUUUGAUUGAACACUGCCAUGGCUACCAAUUCUCAUGCCCCUACUCCGAGAGGUCUUCUCUGUAAUGCGGGAGCUGGUGCUGCUGCUGGAGUUCUUGCUGCUACGUUUGUGUGCCCUUUGGAUGUUAUCAAGACCAGAUUUCAGGUUCAUGGACUGCCAAACAUCGGGAAAGGGAGUCUUAUAGUUGGUAGUCUGCAACAAAUUUUUCAUAAGGAGGGACUACGUGGAAUGUAUAGAGGACUCGCACCGACCGUGCUUGCGUUGCUUCCUAACUGGGCUGUCUAUUUCACAAUCUAUGGGCAGCUCAAAAGCUUUCUUCGUUCGGAUGUUGAAAAUCAUCAGCUUUCAAUAGGUGCUAAUAUGAUGGCUGCUUCUGGAGCUGGAGCUGCUACAACUAUUGCAACGAAUCCUCUAUGGGUUGUUAAGACCAGGCUUCAGACGCAGGGAAUGAAAUCUGGUGUGCUACCAUAUAGAAAUACAGUGUCUGCCUUGAGGAGAAUAGCCUCUGAAGAAGGCAUUCGUGGAUUGUACAGUGGUCUUGUUCCUGCUUUGGCCGGUGUAAGUCACGUUGCCAUACAGUUUCCAACAUACGAAAAAAUAAAAAGUUAUUUGGCUAGAAGAGACAAUACGACAACAGACAAACUCAGCGCACGUGAUGUCGCGGUAGCCUCAUCUGUCUCCAAGAUAUUUGCUUCCACAUUGACUUAUCCACAUGAGGUUGUACGUUCCAGGCUUCAGGAACAAGGGUUUCACUCUGAGAAGCGUUAUUCUGGCGUAACCGAUUGCGUAAAGAAAGUAUUUCAGCAAGAUGGACUCCCCGGCUUCUAUCGUGGGUGCGCAACCAACCUUAUCAGGACGACCCCAGCUGCUGCGAUCACAUUUACUAGCUUUGAAAUGAUUCACCGCUUUCUUGUCAACUUAUUUCCUCCCGAUCCACAUCCACAUACGUUAUGAAGAUGAGUAACGUUCACUCAACAUUGCACAAACUAAUCAACACAAUUCAUUGGGUACACUAAUUGCCCCCCAGUAGUUUGUAGCAACUCAACACAGUCUUGCCUCAGUAAAGCUUCAAUGUCGUCGAGUGUCCUUUCGGUUGCGACGAGAUAGUUAGGUCAUUUUUUCCCAUUAAAUGUGAUGUCGAGGACAAUGAAAAUGACGAUAGUGUGAUAAAUUUUUUGUUUCCUAGUUAUUUUGAUUGGAUAUACCAUCUAUGCCUUUGGAAAUUGUUUGACUCGAGGCAUGCUGAAAUGAGUUCUUGAUAGUUUUAGUA